UUUGAUAAUAGAAAUCUUGACAACCCCCAGGGAAGAACCAGUAAUUGUUUAAUUUAAUUAAAAACUUUUGUGUUAAGAAUGUAAUUAAUUGUUUGUCUCUAUAAAUAUUAUAUUUUUAAUGUGUGGUGAUUUAAACGAUGAUGUGCCAUAUUUUUGAAGUGUAGGCCGAGGUGAUUAAAAGACGUAUAAUUUGAAUGAAAAUAAAACAAACAAAAAAUAUGGUUUAUCAUUUGUAACAAGGUGAUAAAUCAAGAGGAUCAAAGGGCACUGACUAAGACGGAAAGCCACUCACUUGAAGCGAUAGCUUAAUUGCUUGAAUUUAGGCUGAUUUGCUAUGGAUAAUGAGGAGAGGAGGAGUCAUGAGAAAUUCUGUUCCGUCUGCGGUGAUCAAGCCCUUGGUUACAAUUUCAACGCUGUUACGUGCGAGUCAUGCAAAGCAUUCUUCAGAAGGAACGCAACAAAGACAAGAGAGUUGCAGUGUCCAUUUAAACAGUGCUGUGAUAUAACAGCAGUGACGAGGAGGUUCUGCCAAAAGUGCAGACUAGCUAAGUGUUUCCGUGUGGGCAUGAAGAGGGAGCUGAUUAUGACGGAGGCAGAUAAGGAAAGGAAAAAAAGAAAAAUCUUGGCAAACAAGGCCCGAAUGGUGACAGCUAAGGCGAAAGACUCAAUUGGCAAUAGUAAAUCGGUGCAAGUCAGCAUGGUUAGUGUUGAGAUUGGCACCCAAACUGAGCCUUUGACUUGCAAUUGUCGGCAAAGGUACAAGGCCGAUGUACCUAACUCACUUCUAAUGGCUGCCUUACCUCCUCCUGACAAGACUCAAAUCACCUACCAGUUGAUAAAAUCUAUACCUACAGCAACUUUGUUUCCAAUGAGUUGCCAAGACAAUGAACUCCUAGAGGAUCUAAUCGUCGCUAAUAAAGCUCUGGAAGCUCCUCUUGAUCAAGAGCUGAAUAAUUUACCUGGCGAUGAAUUUAAAAGUUGUGGCUCAAAAAGCCUUCUGGAUGUUAUCAACCUGACAGCUCUGGCAAUAAGGAGACUGAUCAAGAUGUGCAAGAGAAUAGGAGGCUUCAGAGCACUAUGCCAAGAGGAUCAGUUGACCCUCCUGAAGCAAGGGUGUACGCAGAUGAUGCUUUUAAGGAGUGUUGUCACUUUUGACCCAGAUAGAAAUUCUUGGCGGAUACCUCAUUCAGUAGAUCAGAUGUCUCAGAUAAAUGUUGAAGUGUUGAAAGAGGCGCGGGGCAACCUGUAUGAUGCGCAUGAAGCGUUUUUAAGGACGUUCGAUACUCGGGCAUCACACGACCUAAAUAUAAUGUGCAUACUGACUGCUAUUGUACUUUUUGACCCUAAUAGGACCAACCUAGUGAAUAAGCAGUUGAUAGCACAACAACAGUCGAGGUAUUUCAGUCUACUUCAAUGCUACCUCCAAAGCAUCUAUUCUUCAGAGGAGUCAAAUGAAAUCUACCAGCAUCUCAUAUGCAAGAUGACUGAGCUGCAUCAGAUCAUCGAAGAACACGUCCGUGUGUACCUUAAUGUGAAUCCUAGCCAAGUAGAACCUAUACUUAUUGAAAUAUUUGAUUUAAAAACACACUAAAAUACAUACCAUUUAACAUUUA